AUGGCGGCGGCGGGAGCCGAGGCGGCGGCGGCGGCGGAGGAGGAGAAGCGCAUGGCAGAGGGCGACCCCGAGUCGGGGGGCGAUUCGGAGGACGAGGGCGACUCGGAUUCGUCGGGCGACGGCGAGGAUGAGGAGAAGGAGAACGAGGCGGAGAUCCAACGACUGGAGGAGCAGCUUUCCAUCAAUGCUUUUGACUACAACUGCCACUUGGAUCUGAUAAAGCUGCUUCGCCAGGAGGGAGAGCUGGUGAAGCUCAGAAGAGCUCGGCAGAAGAUGAGUGAACUCUUCCCACUUACUGAAGAAAUUUGGCUGGAUUGGUUGAAGGAUGAGAUAAAAAUGGCUUCUGAAAUCUCAGAGCGAGAGAAAGUUUAUGAGCUGUUUGAGAGAGCUGUGAAAGACUACAUCUGUCCUGAAAUUUGGCUGGAAUAUGCCCAGUAUUCAAUCGGUGGCAUUGGUCAGGAAGGGGGAAUUGAGAAAGUUCGCUCAAUAUUUGAGAGAGCAUUGACAGCAGUGGGGCUGCACGUGACAAAAGGAACAGCUCUGUGGGAAGCUUACCGUGAGUUUGAGAAUGCCAUCCUGGAGACAGCACAGCCAGCUCCUGGCAGCGUUCCGUCGCCUGAGCAGCAGCAGAUGCUCUGCAGCCAGCUUGAGAGGAUCCACACGCUGUUCAGGCGCCAGCUGGGGAUCCCACUGUUAGAUAUGGAGGCUUCAUAUGCUGAGUAUGAGGAGUGGUCCGAAGAUCCGGUACCAGAAACAACAAUAAAGAGCUACAAAAAAGCUCUACAGCAGUUGGAGAAGUGUAAACCAUAUGAAGAGGCACUGCUGGGUGCUGAGACACCGAAGCUGGCAGAAUACCAAGCUUACAUUGAUUUUGAAAUGAAAGCUGGUGAUCCAGCUCGCAUUCAGUUGAUCUACGAGAGAGCUUUGGCUGAGAACUGCCUUGUACCUGACCUGUGGGCACGCUACAAUCAGUAUUUGGACCGGCAGCUGAAAGUGAAAGAGUUGGUUUUGUCUGCCCAUGACCGUGCUGUCAGGAACUGUCCUUGGACCGUUGGGCUCUGGAUUCAGUAUCUUUUGGCAAUGGAGAGGCAUGGAGUUGAUCACUGCAUUAUUUCUGACAUGUUUGAAAAGGCUCUGAACGCAGGCUUUAUUCAGGCAACAGAUUAUGUAGAAAUCUGGCAGGCAUAUCUUGACUACCUGAGAAGAAGGGUGGAUUUCACACAAGACUCCAGUAAAGAACUUGAAGAGCUGCGAUCGGCGUUUGCCCGUGCUGUGGAGUAUUUGAAACAAGAAGUAGAAGAGCGCUUCAGUGAAAGUGGAGAUCCAUCCUGUACUAUCAUGCAGAACUGGGCAAGGGUUGAGGCCCGCUUAUGUAAUAACAUGCAGAAGGCCAGAGAGCUCUGGGACAACAUUAUGACUAAAGGGAAUGCCAAGUAUGCUAACAUGUGGCUGGAAUAUUAUAACCUGGAAAGAGCUCAUGGUGACACCCAGCACUGCAGGAAGGCCUUGCAUCGAGCAGUGCAGUGCACAAGUGACUAUCCAGAGCAUGUCUGCGAGGUGCUGCUCACACUGGAAAGGAUAGAAGGAACAUUGGAAGACUGGGAUGCAGCUGUUCAGAAAACAGAAAACAGAUUAGCUCGUGUUAAUGAACAGAGAGCAAAGGCUGCUGAGAAAGAAGCUGCUCUGGCAAGGCAGGAGGAGGAGAAAGCUGAGCAACGAAAACAAUCUCGAGCAGAAAAGAAAGCUUCCAAAAAGGCGAAGAAAAAUAGGAUUGGAGAAAAGCGCAAAGCAGAUGAUGAUGAUGAGGGUGAAUGGGGACAAGAAGAGGAAGAAGAGCAACCCAGCAAGAGACAUAAGGGAGAUGGUGAUGGUUUGCUUCUUGAAGAAGACAUGGAGCUGGAAACUGGGCUGUUUGGAAGAAGUGGACCUGAGAAACCAGAUCACUCCACAAACCAGAAGGAAAAGCCAUCCACCAGCCGAAAAGACGUCCCAAAAGUUCUGCAUGACAGCAGCAAAGACAACAUCACCGUCUUCGUCAGCAACCUUUCCUACAACAUGACAGAUCCUGAAGUAAAACUGAAAGAGCUCUUUGAGAGCUGUGGGGAGGUUGCUCAAAUCCGUCCAGUUUUCAGCAACAAGGGGACUUUCCGGGGCUACUGCUAUGUGGAGUUCAAGGACGAGAAGUCUGCUCUGCAGGCUCUUGGGCUGGAUCGUAAAGUCGUGGAGGGAAGACCCAUGUUUGUUUCUCCUUGUGUUGACAAGAACAAGAAUCCAGACUUUAAGGUGUUCAGGUAUAGUACUACACUGGAGAAACACAAGCUCUUUAUAUCUGGUCUGCCAUUUUCCUGCACUAAGGAGGAGCUGGAAGAUAUAUGUAAAGCCCAUGGGAAUGUGAAAGACAUUAGGCUGGUCACCAACCGAGCUGGAAAACCCAAGGGCCUGGCCUAUGUGGAAUUUGAAAACGAAGCCCAGGCCUCGCAAGCCGUGCUGAAAAUGGAUGGUCUGACAAUUAAGGAACACGUCAUCAAGGUGGCAAUCAGUAACCCACCUCUCCGAAAGCUGCCAGACAAGGCUGAGGCAGGCAGAGCCUCCCAGUUUGCAGUGCCACGGCAGAUUUAUGGAGCGCGAGGGAAGGGAAGGACACAGCUUUCCAUGAUGCCUCGAGCAUUGCAACGCCAGAGUAAUCCUGUGGCUAAGGCUGAGAAUGGGAUGGUCCAGAAUUCACCAGCAACUUCGUCUGAAAGCACUGAGGAGCCUAAAAAGAUGUCCAACGCUGAUUUUGCCAAGAUGCUGCUGAACAAGUGAGCAAAUGAGCUCUAAAGUGCAGAAUACUUUUAUACUCACAUUGCACUACAAAAAUAAGCAUGCUUUGUAAAAAUAGAACACUUGUUCACAUUCCCUGUCAGCAAUAAUACGUGAGGAGAGGCUGGUGCUACAGUAUACAGGUAAUUCCUGGUCUUGGUUUGUUGUCUGUUUGCUGUAUGAAACGUAUCCUAAUUACCUUGCAGGUAAGAGAGCUAGAGGGGAGAGAAAUAGGCCUGGGACAGUACAGGAAUUCAUUCCUUCCAUGUCUUCUGAGCUUGAAGGUGUUGGGAUCGAUGAUACCUGGAAUUAUGCACUUAUACAGCUGGCAGGUGUGGUGUAGGGAGCAACUCCUUUCAAUGUUUAACUGCAACUGCUUUUACCUUAAAAACACUUGGACUUGGGCGGCAGCUUCCAGGUGCUGUGCAAACUGAGACUGCAGGAGGGAGAGGCCUUAGGUGGUUCUUUAUGCAUUUAUCACAGGAAUAACAGGAUUUGGUAGUUAAUAAACCUAUCAUGAAAAGCUCUCUUGUGUAGAUGAAGGAAACUUAAGUUUUUGGCAAACUCACUAUAUGAAUUCUUACCAAAACAGCCCAGCAGAUAAAGGCAGUCUUGUGGCUAUGUGGAAUGACCUUUUCUGCCUGCAGCUUACAGAAACAAGCUCUUUUCAAGCCUGAACAGAAACCUGCAGACAGCUGCAGUUUCCCAGGGGACCUGCCUUCUGGGGAGGCAACGUGAAGCAGGGUCUCAGCACAAAAUUGUCCUGGUGAAGACAUACCAAGAGCACCUUGCUGUUCCGUGAAACAAGUCAGAGAGCAUUUCUUGUCUUGUUCCAGUCACAUGGGCUGUGAUCAGAAACCAAACACUUCCCAUUUGUUUCACAUACAUUACCCUAGGAAAGGCAACUGAAAGUAAAUAUGCAGAGUGCUACUGAAAGCAGAAACAGAAGGGGAGAAAUGUGACUGCCACCCUGCAGCUAGCCUUCUUCUUCAUCUUUUCUGGCUGAAUGUGUCAUUGUGAAGGAGAAAGCCAGCCUAAUGCAGCUGGGAGCAUGCUGUUACUGCAAAGGCUUUGGGUUCUGAACAAGAACGAAGGGGGUAGUAUGAGAGCAACAACUCUUUUAAGGCUUUGUCCCACCUAGCAGCUCCAUGACAAGGUAGGACAAGGCUGCUGACUUAGGGUAGGGCUGUGAUGGAAGCAGCUUCUGAAUGCUUAAUUUUAUGGAAAAAUGAAAUGAUUUCUACUUCAGUUUGUUCAGCCCCUCUGAUGUUUUUCCCUGCCUCUUACUGUAGCACAGGCGAGUUACAGCACACAGUCAACAUCAACAAUUUAGCUUGGCAUAAUAUAUGCAAAUAAAUUAUAUUAACUUAACCAAAUGUAACAGGCUUUAAAUAAAUGAAAUGCUAAAGAGUGACACCUCCUGUCAAGUCUCUUCCCAGCAGAAAUUCUGAGCAGCAUGGCUUCCUGUUCACCCAUGUAUUCCCUGCCUUCUCAACGCCCACAACCUUCAGGUCUUGACAGGGAUGGUUUGUUUGCAUCCACCACUGCUGCCAUCAGCUUCAGGUAAGCCCACAGAGUACUCCGUGGUGGCAAUGAGCAACAUGUCCAGCGUUGUCUCAGUGCACUUAGCUAUAAAGCGUAUGAAAGGCCUCACAUCGCCCUCGUUGGCCACUUCUAAGACAUGAUAAUACUCUGCCCGUUGCUCCUUGCGGAUGGUGAUGGGUGGGUAGCCUGCCUGCAUCAGGAUGAGGUUCAUUAGCAAACGUGACGUCCUCCCGUUGCCAUCUGUAAAAGGAUGGACGUAAACCAAUUUGUAGUGGGCCAAGGCAGCAAAUUCCACGGGGUGCAAACUCAUGGCAUCUUCAGAGUUCAUCCACUGCACAAACUCCUGCAUCUGUUUGCCAACGUCCUGGGGGUGUGGGGGUAUGUGAUGCCCCACAAACACCUGCGUAGUCCUGAAGCGCCCCGCCUCCACGGGGUCAGCGUAGCCCAGCACUCUCCGGUGUAUCUCCAGGAUGUCAGUGAUGGUAACGGAGCCUAUUCGUGAGACCAGAGUGGUAUUGACAUAUUUCAAAGCUGC